AUGACUGAAGUCGCCGACCCAAGCCAGAAGAAGCGCAAGCUUCAAGACGGCCCCGAACUCGAGAUUGAUAUUUCUGCGCCGGAGCCGCCAUCGAAAAAGGCCCUAAGAAAGGCAAAGAAGGAGAAGAAGUCUGAGGGAGAGGCCAAGGAUACCGAUAAGCCCAAGACUGAGAAGACCGAAUCUAAAGACGCUGCCGAAAAGCGCUCUCAGUAUGGAGUCUGGAUCGGCAAUUUGUCCUUCAACACCACCAAGGACGACCUGCGCCAAUUCUUCAUCGACAACUGCUCCUUCGACAAUGAUACGAUUACACGAGUCCACAUGCCCAAGGGCCCCGAGAAAUUCGGGCGUCCUCAGAACAAGGGCUUUGCCUACGUCGACUUUUCCACCGAGAAGGCUCUGGAGGAGGCAAUUGGCCUGAGCGAGCAAUUGCUUACCGGUCGCCGCGUGCUGAUCAAGAAUGCGAACAGCUUCGAAGGUCGGCCCGAAAAGACUGCGGAGCAGGCCAACGCUGCCACCGCGGCCAAGCCCGGCCAUCCUCCCUCCAAGCGUAUCUUUGUGGGCAACCUCAGCUUCGACGUUACGAAAGAGUCUCUCGAGGAGCAUUUCGCCCGAUGUGGACCAGUGACCAAUGUGCAUAUGGCGACCUUCCAGGACACAGGAAAAUGCAAGGGGUAUGCUUGGGUGGAGUUUGAAGAAAUUGCAUCCGCGGAAGCAGCGGUGAGAGGCUUCGUGAUGGAGAAGGAGGAUGAUGAAGAAGAAGAGGAAGAGGAAGAGGAGUCCAGUGACAGCUCCGACUCGGAUGAAGAGAGCAAGAAGCCAAAGAAAAAGUCCAAGAAGAAGUCGAAGAAGCCUUUCCAGCGCCGGAUCUGGGUGAAUCAGCUUCUGGGUCGCCGAAUGAGAAUGGAGUUUGCCGAGGACGCGACAACACGAUACAAGAAGCGCUUUGGCAAGGAUGGCGAAGGAAAGAAGAAUGGCCAACCAGCAAUCACCGAGGAGGGAGCUGAGCCAUCCGAGGAGCAGCCCCGAGUCCGCAAGCAAAGGCGGCCAUCCAUUGACGAGUCACGAUACUCCAAGGAGACUGUGCAACGACUCAGUGGUGCCAUCGUUGAAGCCCAGGGUAAGAAGGUCACCUUUGACUAA